AUGCCUCACACUAUCAAUACCCAUUGCUAUUCCAUCACGCCUCAGACUAUCAACACCCAUCACUACUCCAUCACACCUCACUCUAUCAAUACCCAUCACUACUCCAUCACACCUCACACUGUCAAUACCCAUUACUAUUCCAUCACGCCUCACACUAUCAAUAUCCAUCACUACUCCAUCACGCCUCACACAAUCAAUACCCAUCACUACUCCAUCACUUCUCACAAUAUCAAUACCCUUCAAAUCUCCAUCACGCCUCACACUAUCAAUAUCCAUCACUACUCCAUCACGCCUCACACUAUCAACACCCAUCACUACUCCAUCACGCCUCACUCUAUCAAUACCCAUCACCACUCCAUCACACCUCACACUAUCAACACCCAUCACUACUCCAUCACACCUCACUCUAUCAAUACCCAUCACUACCCCAUCACGCAUCACACUAUCAACACCCAUCACUACUCCAUCAUGCCUCACACUAUCAAUACCCAUUGCUAUUCCAUCACGCCUCACACUGUCAAUACCCAUUACUAUUCCAUCACGCCUCACACUGUCAAUACCCAUUACUACUCCAUCACACCUCACACUGUCAAUACCCAUCACUACUCCAUCACGCCUCACACGAUCAACACCCAUCACUACUACAUCACGCCUCACACUGUCAAUACCCAUCACUACUCCAUCACGCCUCACACUGUCAAUACCCAUCACUACUCCAUCACGCCUCACACGAUCAAUACCCAUCACUACUCCAUCACGCCUUACACAAUCAAUACCCAUCGCUACUCCAUCACGCCUCACAUGAUCAACAUCCAUCACCACUCCAUCACGCCUCACACUAUCAAUACCCAUCACCACUCCAUCCCGCCUCACUAA